CAAAUGAUUUUACAGGUCGAUGUCUUGAAUGAAACUGGUUAAAAUAGUAACUCAGCACUGCAGAAGGUCUCAGGUUUGCUGCUGUAAUAUUAGACAGAGAGGUGUCCACAAUUCUGCUCAGAAUUUGUAUAGAUAUGAUGGAAGAAAUGCACCCAUUAACUAUCCAGAGAAGUCUUUGUACGUGAAAAAGCACUUGUAUGAUGCCAAAACUCACAAGGAAUAUGCUGAUGCAAUGUCAUUUCUUAAAGCCAAGAGAAGGAAAGGAAUAGGUGUUUUUCUUGAAAACAUCAAGAUGAUAUCUGAUGUGAUGAAACAAGGACAAACUCCAUCCCACAUCUUUUACGUCAAGGACGCAGUCUUAGAGAAACUGCCAACUCUUCAUGAAUCAACCAAAACAGUGCAGAUAACAGAUAAGCAAAUGGCGAGGUUGACUGAAGUCACCACACCCCAAGGAAUUAUGGCUGUUUUUGAUCGUCCUGCCUACAUACCGCCUUCUAGAGUGGACACUAUUCCAUUGAUCAUUUACUUAGAUCAGGUGGGAAAUCCAGGUAAUUUAGGAACAAUAAUAAGAAGCGCAGCAGGGGCAGCAUGUUCUUCUGUCAUAACUAGCCCAAACUCAGCUGACGCCUGGUUGCCAGCCACCUUGCGUGCUUCAGCUGCUGCCAACUAUUUGAUACCAUUGCACGAGAGAUUAGGUUUCAAUGAAGUACUAGAAACGUUACCACCAGAUUGGAAUAUCUGUUUGGUGGAAUCUACCAGUGAGAAUUCUCCUAAAAAACACCCCAAUUCCUUGCCAUACUACGAGGCAGACUUCACUCAACCCACUGUGAUGGUAUUUGGGCAGGAAGCUGGUGGCUUGUCAGCUGGAAUAAGAGACCUAGCAGUUAAACGUGGUAUUCAUAAUAUCAUCCACACCUACAUACCUACAAUACCUGAGUUGGACAGUUUGAACGUCUCCAUGGCAGCCACUGUUCUCAUCUAUGAAAUGGCAAAGCAACAAAGCAAGCUUGUGAAAAGGGGACGACUCUGGUACUGUAGAGUAUCUGUCAACGGUCCCUGGCGAUUCAUUGCACGAUAUUACAGAGCUUGUUAAUGUAGAUGUCCCUGAUGUAGCUGAUGUAGCUGAUGUAGCUGAUGUAGCUGAUGUAGCACACAAACUUGAGGUUAUGUUCCCACCACACGAAGAUAUGAAAGAAACUGAAGAGAAUCUCACUUGAUUCAUUCUCCGUUUAGACCUGUUAUAAUCAACCAAAUCUACGAACUACUGCGCUGUUCAAAUUGAUACACAUUUUUAAUCAUUUUAGCUUUAAUUUAUUUUCUUAGUAC